AGUCACUUAUAUAGUUACUAUAUUCAGAUCGCAACCAAAUACAUUAUCUUCCAAAAUCCAGAUUUUAAGUUGCAUUCAAACACACAAAAACAAAUUUACCAGAUCUCACGUGAUCUCCCAAUCGUACUCAUUUAAAACCGACACGUUAUCAACCUUAGAGUCACAAUGUUUAAUCACCUGCCCUUGCACUAUCAUACAAUUCAUUUAGAGAUGAGUACAAUCACAAACCACUUUCCCAUACUUGUACAUUUCACUCAACACCUUUGACAAUACCAAGUGCAACCAACGCAUACAUGUGACCAAGUAUCAGACCCAGAAACACAACCACUUGUUCUCACCGAUACAUUUCUUCACAUGGCACUUUGAGAUAGGGUUUCUGGACUUAAGCAAGGUUAAAAAAAUCUUUAGAUUUGCCCCUUCUAGCAGAUAAUCUGUACUGGCUUCCACCCUCUCAGUCAACUCUGGUUUCUCACACACAGAGCUCACAGUGUCGCUUCAUGCCUCUCCCACGCAUAAGUGUAAGGAUCAAGGUCAGCUCUGCCUGGCCCAGGGAUCGGUUUCAUCCAUCAGGGUUCACACAGACAAACACACACACAUCCCGGUCUCAGGGAGACCAACCUCCUCCCUUCUUGCGACAGACACCCACCGCAGCCAACUGCUCCUACUAGUCAUAGGUGGACCCAACACGGCCUCCCACAGAACGUUACAAGUUUACUGCCCGUAGAGUCGCGCCGCCCAUAGGCACGUGUAAUCAAUCACACAGUCCCCUCACUCCUAAACCACGUUAGAUCACAGCACUCCACAAUCCCUGCACGUGGCCGAGUUCACCGCGUGAACCCACACGGGUAUACAGCACAACCACUAUUUCCAACGGUCUCAAAAACGUUUCACUAACCAAUAUCCUCACUCCGGCACCCUGAGACUCCUCACCCUCUUCGGACUCAUAAAACACAUCUCGCACCGCCACCUUACAGACGAAGGCCGGAUUCCCCCGCAUCAGACAACAAUUCUCUCAAACCACAGCACGUGCGCGUCCACCUUGAAGGGGGUAGGGACAGCCACAGUGCCAGGCUCGAAAUCCUCCCUCAGAGGAAUCCGAGGUCCCAAAUUCAGACCCAAAAUUCGGCACCAAGCCUUGGAAACGAAGAGGUUGUAGCGUCACUCCAGGACUGCGUGAAACUGAGCAGGUGCAUCCCGAAACCUGGCGGAAGGUUUACCUCUUUCAGCGCCUGGGCUCUUUCCUUUCGGACUACGUUUCCCAGAGGACACAGCGGUGCAAAGCUACUUCCGGUAGGAACGUCUGCGGAAUGGUCGGCGGCUGAGGCAGGUGAGGACUUUACCCGACCAGCAGGGCGUGCGAGGCUAGGCGCGCGGCCUCGCCUGGAAUGCGAAUCCGAGUUUGGACCAGCGCCCUUCCCGAGGAUGCUGAAGCAACAUUUUCUUUGGACUGUGAAUUUCUUCUAAAGUGAAACUAAGAAGAGGACUAAUACAUUGAAUUCUUAAAAAGCCAUGGCCAAUGGGUUGGUGAUGUUCAAAGAUGUGGCUAUAGAUGUCUCUCAGGAAGAAUGGGAAUGCUUGAACCCUACGCAGAGGAAUUUGUACAAAGAUGUGAUGCUGGAGAACUAUAGCAACUUGGUUUCACUGGGACUUUCUAUAUCUAAGCCGGCUGUGAUCUCUUCAUUAGAGCAAGGGAAGGAGCCCUGGAUGGUUGAGAGGGAAGUGACAGGAGGAUGGUGCACAGACUUGGUGUCCAGGUAUGAGGCCAAGAAGUUAUCUCCAAAAAGAGACAUUUAUGAGACAGAACCAUCCCGAUGGACUAUCAUGGAACAAUUUAAAAGUCAUAAUCCUGAGAAGUCCAUUUUCAGAGAUAUCUGGGAACGCAGUAGUCAGUUUGAGACACAACAGGAACAGGAGGACUAUUUCAGGCAGUUUGUUAUCAACCACAAACACUUGCCUAUAUUUAACCAAAAUACUUUACUCACUCAGGAAUUUUAUAAUAGAGAAAAAAUCUUUGAAUGUAAAGAAUGUAGGAAAAACUUCAGUUACCAUUUAUUUUUUAGUCAUCACAAAAGAACUCAUUCUAAAGAAAAAUGUUCUGAAUGUAAGGAAUGUGCAGAAACUGUUAAUACAUCGUAUCUUACUAAACAGAAAACUCAAGAUAGUAGCAAGUGCAGUGAAUAUAAGGAAUGUUGGAGGGCUUUUAUUCAUUGUUCACAACUUAAACAACACCUGAGAAUCCACAAUGGUGAAAAACGCUAUGAAUGUAAAGAAUGUGGAAAGGCCUUUAAUUAUGGCUCAGAACUUAUUCUGCAUCAGAGAAUUCACACUGGUGAAAAACCCUAUGAAUGUAAGGAAUGUGGGAAGGCCUUUAGGCAGCGAUCACAGCUUACUCAACAUCAGAGACUUCAUACUGGUGAAAAACCUUACGAAUGUAAGCAGUGUGGGAAGGCUUUUAUUCGUGGCUUUCAGCUUACUGAACAUCAACGACUUCAUACAGGUGAGAAACCCUAUGAAUGUAAAGAAUGUGGAAAGACUUUCAGGCAUCGCUCACACCUUACUAUACAUCAGAGAAUUCAUACUGGUGAGAAACCCUAUGAAUGUAGAGAAUGUGGAAAGACUUUUAGCUAUCACUCAAGCUUCUCUCACCAUCAGAAAAUUCAUUCUGGCAAAAAACCUUAUGAAUGUAGUGAAUGUGGAAAGGCCUUUUGUGAUGGCUUACAACUUACUCUACAUCGGAGGAUUCAUACUGGUGAGAAACCCUAUGAGUGCAAGGAAUGUGGGAAGACGUUUAGACAGUGCUCACACCUCAAAAGACAUCAGAGAAUUCACACUGAGACAGAGAGAGAGAGAGAGGCAGAGACACAGGCAGAGGGAGAAGCAGGCUCCAUGCAGGGAGCCCGACGUGGGACUCGAUCCCAGGUCUCCAGGAUCACACCCCAGGCUGCAGGCGGCACUAAACCGCUGCGCCACAGGGACUGCCCUAUUUCAGUAAUUCUUGAAAAAAAAAAAAAACCUUCAAGCAGGAAAAUGGAAAAGUAUUUAACAGGUAAAAAACUGAAAUUGCUCUGGUUUCAGUGCAGUUUCUGAAUUAUAAUAACCAGUAUUGAAAAUAAAUUUUAUGAAAGUGUUUUUAAUGAAACCAGUAAAACAUGGCAGAAAUAAAAUGAAAACAAUUUCUUCCCCUCACACAAAUCCUUGAGAUCGCCAAUAUGUGUGUGUUGCUCCUUCCUGCUCAAACAUACCUGCAAAUAUGAAGUGUUUAUUGUAUAUGUGUGGAAGGUCAUACCACCUGUAGUGGCAUAGCAAUUUUUUUUUGCAUUUGAAUAAUUGUGGACAUUUUCCCAGGUGACUAUAUAUGGAUCUAAUUCAUUAUUUUUAAAGCUUCAGAAUAUUUCUAGCUCACUGUUUUUAAAGCUUUAGGAUUUUCUAAUAUGGGAUAUAUGUCUGUAUUUUAAGCCAUUCCCUACUGUAGAUAUUCAGUCAUUUCUAUUUUUCAUCACAAAUGAUCAUAUAAUAAACAUUCUACCUUG